AUGCCGCACCGAGCAGCCUCUCCAGCGAUGUCGGAAAAUGAGUUCGAUAUUGCAAAGAGCCUCUUUCAAGAUGAUGCCGAAUCCGAUAUUGACACCGGACCCCGGAAGCGCAAGGCGCCGCAUCCGCUCAAUCUCAAUGUCAUGGCCGACGACCACGACGAGAGAGCCGAUAGUGGUUCCGACAAUGAUGCUGCCUUCAUUGCAGCCCACCAAGCGUCGAUGAACCGCAAGGCAUCCAAUCUAAAGGGCCGUACGGUGAAGAAGGGCGGAGGGUUUCAGGCAAUGGGCCUCAAUGCAACACUUCUCAAAUCCAUUACCCGCAAAGGCUUUUCGGUUCCAACCCCGAUUCAGCGAAAGACGAUCCCGCUUGUAUUGGAUGAGCAAGAUGUCGUGGGCAUGGCACGGACUGGCUCAGGGAAAACUGCUGCCUUUGUGAUCCCAAUGAUCGAGAAGUUGAAGAGCCACAGUUCGAAAAUCGGAUCGCGGGCCUUGAUCAUGUCGCCUUCCAGAGAGCUGGCAUUGCAAACACUCAAGGUGGUAAAGGAACUGGGUCGCGGAACAGAUCUCAAAUGUGUACUCUUGGUUGGUGGUGAUAGCUUAGAGGAGCAAUUUGGAUACAUGGCCGGGAACCCAGAUAUUAUCAUCGCUACUCCCGGCCGCUUCCUCCAUCUCAAGGUUGAAAUGAACUUAGACCUGUCCAGUAUCAAAUAUGUUGUGUUUGACGAGGCCGACAGACUGUUUGAGAUGGGUUUCGCCGCGCAGCUCACCGAAAUUCUUCACGGCCUUCCGCAGUCUCGCCAAACGCUACUAUUCUCCGCUACCCUUCCAAAGUCUUUGGUUGAAUUUGCACGAGCAGGCUUGCAAGAUCCUACACUUGUCCGCCUGGAUACAGAAAGUAAAAUAUCCCCUGACCUUCAGAACGCCUUUUUUACUGUGAAAUCGGCCGAGAAAGAAGGCGCACUUCUUCAUAUCCUCCAUAACGUUAUCAAAGUCCCUACUGGUGAGACGGAAGCCGGUAUACGCGCAAAGGAACAGUCGAGCUCGGGGAAGCACUCGAAGAAAAGGAAGCGUUCAGAGCAGAAUAAUCCCAGCCCGCAGGAAUCACCAACAGAGCACUCCACGAUUGUUUUCGUGGCCACAAAACACCACGUUGAUUACAUAGCUUCCAUUCUUCGAGAAUCUGGGUUUGCUGUCGCCUACGCAUAUGGAUCUCUCGAUCAGACAGCUCGCAAAAUUCAAGUAAACAACUUUCGAGCCGGCAUCUCGAACAUCCUGGUCGUUACCGAUGUCGCUGCUCGAGGAAUUGAUAUUCCCGUCCUCGCCAACGUGAUCAAUUAUGAUUUUCCUUCUCAGGCAAAAAUUUUUGUCCACCGAGUUGGACGAACUGCUCGAGCGGGGCGUAAAGGUUGGAGCUACAGCUUAGUCCGAGAUUCAGACGCGCCCUAUUUACUCGACUUACAACUAUUCCUUGGCCGGCGACUUAUUAUGGGAAGAAACUCAAAGGAAGCACCGAAUUUUGCAGAUGAUGUUGUUGUUGGAAGCAUUGCCCGGGACGGGCUGGCACGGCACUGCGAAUGGGUUUCCAAAUUGCUAGAUGAAGAUAUCGAUAUUCAAAGCCAGCGCGAGGUUGCGAUGAAAGGAGAAAAGCUCUACAUGCGAACCCGCAAUUCCGCAUCUACAGAAAGUGCCAAACGAUCGAAAGAUGUUGUUGGUUCUGACGAAUGGACAAUGCUACAUCCACUAUUUAACGACGAAGCGAGUCAGAUGGAAGUCGAAAGAGAGAAAAUGUUGGCCCGUAUCGGAGGAUAUAAGCCGCAAGAAACAAUUUUUGAAAUCAGUGGCCGACGCGGUGGAAAGGCCGGCGAUGAUGAAGCUAUGGAUAUGAUGAGGAAGAUUCGUUCAACUGUGGAAAAAAGGAGAGCCAAAAAGCAAAAUGAAAACCAGGCCACAGUUGACGCGGAUGGUCCAACCCAGUCUUUUAUGCUGGAAGAUGAAGAUAACGAAGGGGAUGAUCUUGACGAUGAUGCCAAUGGAGACGAUGUGGCUGAUAUGUCCCUGGCGUCUGACUCUGAACUCGAAGUUACGUUUUCUUACCCAUCGGAUAAAUCCAAAGCAAAGAAGGGAGAUUCUGGAAAACAGCCAGCUGGCUCUUCAUUCCAGAAUCCAGAGUACUUCAUGUCCUAUACACCUACGUCUCACUCUAUGGCUGAAGAACGUGCCUAUGGGGUUCAUUCCGGUUCCAAUAGCAAUUUCGUGGAAGCUUCUAGAGACGCAACAAUGGAUUUAUCGCGCGAUGAAGCUAAUCGCGGCUUUGCGGAGCCUCGUUCUAUCAUGCGAUGGGAUAAACGCCACAAGAAAUACGUCUCACGUCAAAAUGAUGAAGACGGUUCCAAGGGAGCGCUUCUCGUCAGGGGCGAGAGUGGAGCUAAGAUUGCGGCAAGCUUCCGUAGCGGCCGCUUCGACGCAUGGAAGAAAUCAAAGCGUCUUGGACGCAUGCCACGGGUAGGUGAAGCAGAGACCCCAGGUUUGUCGUCUACGGUGCCAGCAGGAGGGAAGCGGUUCAGGCACAAUAAGCAACAGGCCCCCAAGACGGCUGAUAAGUAUAGAGGUGAUUACGAGAAGAAAAUAAAGAAGCAGAGCGAGCUGCAGAAGCAACAAGCUGAGGCAGGAAUGUUGCAAUUUGGAUCCAAAGGGGGUACCAAGAAGGUCAAGAGCGAGAUCAGGAGUGUGGAUGAUGUGAGGAAAGCAAGAGUGGUGAAGGAGAAGCGGAGGGAGAAGAAUGCCAGGCCGUCGAAAAAGUGGAAGGGAAAGUGA